AUGGUCGGUUUGGCGAACGUCUCGCAUCCGAUCCCAGAAACGUCGAACAAUGUGAAUGGGACGACGAAUUUUUAUGAUAUAUUACUAGGAAACGCCAAGCAACCGGAAACCCCAUUGGAUGGAAUAUGGCCAAGUGGAGUGCUCGGACCGAUCGGGCGCUCCUCAGCCGAUCUCGACUCUCCACCCAUCAUCACCUCUUCACAAAACUUUGCCGCUUUCUCAGGACUAAAUCUCUCGCUGCUCUCCGCACUCCCCUCCUCGCUUCUCGCCAAUUGUAUCUCUUUGCAAAACUCGACGAUUGGACACUCAUUUGUCUCGAAUGGAACAACGUAUACACAGGCUAACAACUCCUACUCACCAUACUUGGAGCAAAGCAACGGCUCGGCCACUGCAAGCGCUUUCCAUAGUCUCACUGAUCACUCGUUUUUGUCGAAGCCGUUGACUGGGUUGACGAUUGUCCCGCCAAAUGAGGAGGCAAAUUUGCCCACCCAAACACUCACUCCAAAUAAUAUCAUCAACAAUCGUCAAAUCGAGAAAGAAAACGACACGAUGGGUGCCGCUGAGCCAUUCACGCGAAGUCUCUGGAUCGCGCCAGGCGCCGAUCGAUCGCAUCCACUUUGGCAACAAUUCCUCAACACUGUCAAAGAGUUAGAGAAGAAUAUGCUAGCUGAUUUAUCGCUUCAAUCGACUCGC